AUGGGUGGAGUGCAGAGCGGAACCCAUACCCUUGGAGAGGCAUUAUGGGUGCACGAGAGACAACGUCAGAAAUGCCAUCGAGAAGGGGGACGACACGAGGCCAAUUCGGCGCAGUCCACACAGGACCGCAGGAAGCUCUUGAAACGAACGAGGAGCCUCGCAGUGAUAUCCGAGGACGAAUCUCGGCACGAUCGAGAGGCGCAUCACUUCAGGCUCGGGCAAUCGACCUUCGAUUUGCCCAGGAGGCACCAAUUGAUCCCGCGUGCCAAGCUGAUAGAUCGGAACUCUCUGAAGGACAGGCUCUGUAAGAGUCAACAGCACCUCUCGGACUCCUACGAGCGAUUCAACGAGGCGAAAUCCUAUCAUUCCCGGUCUGCUUGCGGUCUACACUCGAUCCCGUCGGGACUCCCGUCGUUUCCGGAUCCUCUGCCCUAUACUCGCGGCAAUCGGACCGAUCCUGACCGACUGAACAUCCUCGACUGGCCCGAAUCGCCGAGACGCUAUCGCAGUGUGCAGGCUUUGGACACAGUUAGCGGAUUAGUGGACAUCGUUGAAGACGGCUGGCCCAUCGAGGGCAAUCGCAGCAUCGAUUGCAUCUACACCCAGGUGAAGCGAAAACGUAAGGAGCACAGGAGCCUGGACAGCAUCCUCUUCGAGGACGAUGGCGAGUUAGAGUACUUCGACGUCCUGAACCUGCUACCUCUCUCAAACGUGCGUUUGGAAUUCGACGAGGACGACGCGCGAAACAACAACCUCGAGCAGAGGAACGAGGCUAGCUUAAAAUCUCUGGAGUACCUGGACUCACGAGCUGUGGAGGAAAGGUCGUCCACGAGAAGCAACGCCACGGACGAGGAAAAAUGUAAAGAAAGCAGCAGCAAGGAAGGGAACAGCCCGCAAGAGAUUCGAGAAGACGAUUAUCAGCAGCAGGGAUCUGACUGUUCGCACCGAUCCAGAGAGGGCUUAUCACCCAAGUAUACCAGGCAAGAAUUGUGUCACGACGUUGAGGAAGAUUUCGAGGACGACAGGGACUCGAUAUCUUGUCUGCAGAACGACUUCGUAGGCCGACGAUCCGCGUGUUCCGACACCGACGUGGACAGAUAUAGGCUCCAUGACGAGUUAGAGGUCCCCUGCGAGGACCAGGUCGAUCGGAAGGUCGAGGAGGCAGAAGACUACAAGUCGAUUUGGAUCUCGGAUACGGAAGAGCAGGAGGACAUGUCGCGGAGGCCACAGGUGCUGAAGGUCGUGGACAACGACGUGACCAAGAGGCGGCAUCGUCGUCUCUGCGUGGACGCUGAUUCCAUUACCAGAGAUGCUCAGAGGAACGAGAAAUUCCGGGACAACGGGAUGGAGUCGAACAACUGUAUAGAUCAGGCAAAGUCGAACAGAAAAGUCGGAGACGUCGACGGAGCUUUGAAAAGCGCAGAUACCGCAAACCGGGAGGACUCGGAGGCAAACACGAGCGUGGAGAACACGAAGAACUUUUUCGAGCAGAAAAACACGCAGAAGGAGAGCAGCAAAGGGAAACAGAGCGAGGGCAGCAGGUUCGAGAGAAUCGUGAACCAGACGACGAAUAUCAUCGGCAAGGCGUGCAGCGUGGUGAAGGGGAGCCUAGGCUUCGAGGCUAGGUCCGAGAGCUCUGAUCUGGGCUUAGGCUCGGAAUCGGGAAGCGACACCAGAAGGAGGUCCGUGGACGAUGGCAUAGACGAGGAUCACCCGUCCACCUGCAUGGACAAAGGGUCUGCAGCGAAGGGAAACGAGAGCAAAAAGAUGCACGGCAACCUGACCAGGUCGAGGAGCUGCGUGGAUUCCAUCGAGUGUAAUCCGGAUGACGAGCAGGAGUUCGAUCACGUGCGUUACAAGAUCGUCAAGUCGAACAUGUUCAGCAAGAACAUAUACAAUAGCGCUCGUGGCGACGUCACGUACGAGGGAUUGAUGCAGUACCUGCGAGAGUAUUCCUUUCAGGAGCUACUGCUGGACAACAACGUGGUGAUCAUCGAGCCGGUACGCGCCGAAACCAUCGAGCGCAAGCCGUCCACCGUGGGAAAGGCGAGAUCAGAGCCAAGUUGCAAGGUAGCCACGGCGAUACAGAAGAAAACGGACGCGGAGAGUCGGGAGAGAAACUGCGAGAGCGCGGAUGGCGACAACCCUAAAAGCCCGAAGCAAUCGUCCAUCAAGAAGCACUUUUUCUAUCACCCCAUUAGGGUGAAUCGCGAGCUCAUCGACGAGGAAUUACCGGAUCCAGAUACCGUGAGGAACGUCAGGCGCAUGUUCGAGGACACGUUGAAGAUGAAGAAUGGCUCUGGCUCGAAGCACUCGCGGGACAAGGACAGGAAGAGCGUGAGCAUGAAGGAUCUGAGUUCUAUCGACGACAGCCAUUACGAUGAACUAUCAGAGAAGGUGGACGAGGGAACCAGGUCCAGAUGCUCCAGCAGGGCGAAGGAUCUCACGAAACUAUUCGAGAACAUGGAGAAGUCCACGUCCUCGAACGCGUCCGUGGUGGGAUGCAAGGACGAGUUGGACAGUCCCCGUUGCGAGUCGAAAACAAGGAUUCUAGCUCAAAGUUUCGAGGCCAGGAGCGGUCACACGUCUCCCAGCGACUCGACUUCCUCGAAAAACAAGAUUAACCGUUACCACCACCACCACCAUCAUCAUCAUCACCAUCACCAUAAUAACUGGGACGCGGGUAGCGUAAGCUCUGGGGUGUCUAGCGAUUACCCUGACACUGAUCCCGGCAGCGGAGUGCAGUGCAUCUCCUCGGAGGACGAGGAAGUCGAUUGUCACGAGGACGAGGUGAACGAGGCUGGCGGUCCGAGCCACUACGUGUCCCAGGAUGUACUGAAGAAGAUCCGCGAGUGCGGUACCUCGGUCACUUACUACGGUGGCAAGGUGGUGAAUUCUAGCAACGGGCCAUUGAUAUCGCCGGUAGUGGAGAACAGGUUCAAGUGCGUCGAUGGGUCGAACGAUUACGUGAAGUUCCGAUUGGUGAAGAGCAACUCCUGUGACAGCAGACUGGAGCUCACAGGAAGACUGGUGGAAAAUCAUCUGAGGCAUCGCAAUCGGGACAAGGCGCUUGACCUGAGCCAGUACACCAUAGCGGAAACACCCAGUAUCGAGAUCACGACUCUAGACAAGUCGGAAAAGGAGGAAGCUAAGCAGGAGGAGAGUAGCAGGCCGACCGAGGAGGAAGCGAAGAGAGAACCACCUGUGGUGAUCGGUUUGGAGCCGAAGAAGGACGAGAACAAGGAUCAGAAGGCGUUCAAGGCGGACUUCAAGCUGGGCUGCAUGGACGACGCGAAAUCGAAUUACGCGAGUCGAUUCAUCGGCAGUGCUCUGACCAGGUGGCAGGUGAACGAAAAUAAUUGGCGGAGUGCCGAUGACUUCGGCAAAAUGGAGUUCGAGGAGUUCGAGGUACUCGAGGACAGCCUGAACGGGUCGGAAAGCCAGCGUUUGGAAACUUCCUGAGGGAAUUGGGCUCUUCUUGUAAUAUAUUCGGUCCGUUUCGGUAGAGCCAGAGGGAACGUUGCCAAAGGAGGGUCGAUAGUUACGGUAGUAUGCGACGGUAGCGAUACUUUUCUAAAAGUUGGUAUUUUCGACCGAGUGCAUCAGCGUUUAGGCCCACCCCUAGACGGUGCACAUCAGUGGCGCUUGCCUCACCAUCCGAUCGCUCGAGAAUACCAUCUUUGUCGUCGUUUCGACGGCAGUCAAAGAGAAUUGUACAGUCGUCGUUGAAGGUUUCUUAGCAACGAGCAACUUGGAUAUUCGAUUAAGCCUUAAGGGUAUCAAAGUGUCGAUAGUUCGGAGAUCGUGACGGUGUUGCAGCGAUGUAUCCGUGUUAGCCGAAGGGUCGCAGAGAGAUGCGAGUGUACAUAAGGAAGUCAAGCGAGCUCUGAAUUUCGUUAAAUUGUUAUUUACGUCGUUUUCAUGCUACGAAAUAAAUAUCCGGUAAAAAUACCUCCUAGCACCUAAUCCUUUUAACGCGUUGGUAGUUUCUCCCGCGGAGCUAAAUAUUGAACAAUACGUGCUUCGUGGGACAGUUAAGUAACGAGUUUAACGUAGACCACGCUUUAAUAACGCAAAUUACUUUUUAUUCUCGAAA